ACUCGACCAAACGGGAACUUGUAAACCUUCGAACUUAAUCUUGCUCGACCUACAAAGUCGCAACUUGGUCCCCAUUUUUUACCUUGACCUCCAUUGCAAACUUCAAUAUCGGUUUUAAAGCUUCUAUCUUCCGUAAAUCUAUCGAAUUCCCCCUUUUUAGCUUGGUUUGGAAGCUCCAACCAUGGCUGACGAAGCCGAACAACCGCCUCGGAGCGCGAUCGAAGUCCACGAGUCUAUCGAGGCUAAGGCAACUGGCGACGACAAUGGCUCUGAUAAUAAAGGAAACCCAGAUGCUAGAGGCACAUCCGGAAGCAUCGGAAAUACUGUCAAUACUAGUAAUAGUGGAGAGGACACGCCCGUAGGCUCGGGUGUCAACCCUGACGCGGACGCAGACGCAGACGGUGAUGUCGAUGCCGAAGGCGAACCAGAUGAAGAACGAGCACUAGGUCGCCUCGACCACGAUAUGAUGACUAUAAUUGAAAACACGGCGAACUACUUGUCUAGUUAUAAAGACGCUGAUGGUUACCACAUCGCUUCCCAUUUCCAGCGCAUUCCGAACCGACGAUUAAUUCCCGAUUACCAUGAAGUUAUCAAGGAACCUAUCGCGUUUAGUACAAUCCGAACCAAGAAACUCAAGAAGCAAUACACGAACUUCACCGAAUUCGUCAGAGAUGUCGCUUUAAUAUCACACAACGCUAUGGUUUAUAACCGCCCAUCCUCGGAAUUCUUCCAAGAUGCCGUCCGCCUGCGAGAGGUCUUUAAGGAGGAACUCCAGAAGCUGGUCGACGAUGGAGUCAUUAAGCCCGAAGAAGCCGUUCUCCCAGACCUUGGAGAGAUCCCAGAUGCUGAAGACUCCCCGCCCCCGGAUCCGGACGAUGAAGAAGUAGAAGAGGAGGACGAAGAUGACGAGGAUGAUGAGGAUGACGACGACUCCGAUGAUGAUGGCGUUCGACGACGAGGGAGACGUGGUCGUGCUUCCGGUCGAAAAUCCGAUGCAAGAGAUGAUGAUUCACACAAAAGGCGAGGGCGACCUCCCAAGGUUUUCACCCCUCUAGAAGCUCGUAUCCACGCAUUGCUGAAGGGUCUUAGAAAAUUUAAAAAUCCGAAUGGAGAGCUGCUAAUCGUCCCAUUUGAGAGGCUUCCGGACAAACAGGCUACGCCCGAUUACUUUGCUGCUAUCAAGAACCCCAUAGCUUUGGAUUUAAUUAAGAGAAAAGCAAAGAGGAAGAAGUACCAGAAUGUGGACCAAGUGCUUAGGGAUCUGGACUUGAUGUUUGAGAAUGCAAAGCAGUACAACGAAGAAGAUAGUCAGUUGUACAAUGAUGCGGUUGAGUUACAGCGCCAGGCCCACAUGCUUGCCGAGCAGGAGAAGGCCAAACCCGAUAACGACUUUGAAGAUGAAGACGGUCGGCGGCCAUUGCUGGAAAUCCUCCACAAUGGGGAGGUGUGGAGAGUUGGCGAUUGGGUCCAUAUCACUAAUCCGAACGAUCUGACGAAACCCAUUGUGGCGCAGAUCUAUCGAACCUGGCAAGAUAGGUUAGGCCAGAAGUGGGUAAAUGCGUGCUGGUACUACCGCCCAGAGCAGACGGUUCAUCGGUUCGAAAAACAUUUCCUGGAGAAUGAGGUGGUCAAAACGGGCCAAUAUCGAGAUCAUCGCAUCGACGAAGUAGUAGAUCGUUGCUUUGUUAUGUUUGUGACGCGCUACCAUAAAGGUCGGCCACGGGGAUUUCCCAAGGAUAAAGAGGUAUAUGUGUGUGAGGCGCGAUACAACGAAGAGAAGCAUAAGCUCAACAAGAUCAAGACUUGGGCGAGCUGUGUACCUGACGAGGUUCGCGAGAAGGAUUAUGAGAUGGAUUUGUUUGAUGUGCAGCGCAAGUUGAGAAAGGUACCGAGUCCCAUUAAGCAUCUUCUUCGCGACGAUGCGAAACCGACAGAUCCUCUACCGAAGCCGACCUGGGGAGCACCGAAUGCGCCACCUCUAAUUGGAGCUGUGCAUUGUCGCGAGAGAGAGCCCAAUGAAUCUCCUCCACCGGAGCCAACACCUACUCCUCCGCCGCUCCCCAUUAUUGAUGCAGUGCGGCGUCCUUCAUUAAUGCAGACAACGCGUCCUAUCGAUAACCAGGGCGAUAUCGUCAUGGGAAAUACACCUCAUUUUUCCACCAUUCCGGCGGCGCCGACACCGACGCCUGGACAUGCUGGCGCGUAUGCUUCUCCCCAUCCCUUCGCACCACGUCCUAGUCCUACGCCCGUUCCCCUUCCUCAAUACGGUAAUCACCCCCCUGCUCACCCCGGAUUUCCCAUUGGGGGUGUCCAAGGCGCCCAUCAUCAUCCCGCGCCUCAGAUGCCCCAAACUCCACACUUCCAGCCUCACCAACCGCCGCCGCAACACCCUGGCUAUAACGGAUAUCCUCCACAAUAUAGUACUACACCCGUUCCUGUACCUCACCAACCCCAUCAGCCCCACCACCCUCCACCUCAUCCUAUGGGCAAUGCUAUGCCCGUAUACGAUCCGUCGCAUCGUCUUGCGCCAUCGCCUGCUCGUGGUUCUAUCGCCGCUGCGCCAAGCCCUAGUGCACAUCCCCAGGCCAACGCCUAUAACCCACCUCGCCCCCCUGAGGCAUACCAUUUGGAUGACGCAUUAAACGCCAAGAUUCCUCAGGAGGUUCGAGAUCAGUUCCAGCACGACGAAGCCGGCCGCGUGCUGUUCUUCACCCAACCCCCUCUAGAUCGGCCGCACCGUGGUAUAUCGAACGAAAGCGCCAGCCUUGGCCACAGCGUCCGCUACUUAGCUGAUCGAGCACGUGAGAUCGAGGAUCGUCGAGCCAAGCGUAAGGCAAGGGACGAGCUACGUCAGGAGGAAGAAAGGAAGCGCCAGGAGACGGAAAGUCUCGCCGCUGAUCAGACGAGGAAGGAAUUAAUCGAUUUCGCCGGCAACCUAUUUGCGGGUUGGGUGGACUCCAUGAAAAAGGAAAACGAAAGGCUAAUGACGGCCUACGAUGGUUGGAGUGUUCGUGAUAAGGAUAUCGAUGCUGUGGAAAAGUCAUUGUCUGUGGCUUAGGGGGCUAAUCAGAACAAGGACACUUCAAAAUAAGGAAGCUGCUCGGAAUGGGAGUCAGAGCAUGGAUAUUGACGAGGAUUAAGGACGCUCUAGGUGGGCUUUAAUCAACAACAAAAAGCUGCGCAUCAAGAGCUAGACUUCUAGGUGCGAGGUGUACUCGAUGGUUCUAUCCGGAUUUUACUCGUGUGUUUGCUGGCGUUUUUGAAGGGCCCGAUAGGCUGGCUUCAACUAGAAGUCAAAGAUACCAUACCACCGGCCAGGGUCUCAGCAACAGUUAUUUGCUUGCUUACUAGAACAAAAGGAACUGUACAAUAUGCUCAGAUCUUAUCAUCUUGUACGAAUAUGUAGCAUCGAGAUUUGCCGCCGCUAAUAAAGAAAUAUUUGAAGCUA